AGGGAUCGGGAGCCCGGGCGGUUGGUUUGCCUUGGCGUAGGCGCGGUAGGGCUGCAGAGCGCCGCCGAGUGUUGUGGUUGGAGCCCCGGGGUGGACGUGGCGGCAGGGCGCAGCCCCGGAACUCGUGCAGUCAUGAGAAGGAAGCACAUAGCUCCGAGCCUACGUAGAGUGUAUUUCACUAACCGAACUUGAAAUCCAGUCCUUCCUCCCGUUAUCGUGAAAUACUCGCUAAGGAGCUGCUCCGAGAUUCCGUACCAUUUUGCGGCAGUGAGAAUGAUUCUUUGCUAGAGCAGGGUGGCAGGGCCCGAAUGCAGCUUCCAGAAACUUUCUGGGCGUAAAAAAGGAAGUCAGGACUUUCGAAUUAGACCCAGCAUUUCGCAUGCAUUCCCUGCUGGCCUUCCUUUAAUCCCUAGUUCUGUCACGGUCGAGUGGCAGCCCACGCGUAGAGCCUGGUUGGGUGUCUCUUCUCUUCUGCAGACAAGAUUAGUUUUGCCUGGGUGCCCUCCAUAUGCAUUGGGAAUACAAUACCUAGACUUUCUUAUAGUUGCAUUGCCUUAACACAGCUAGGGAUAGCAAGCUGGAGAAGGCAGGAUUUCUACUAGAGCUUCUCUUGCCUGAUAUCCUUAUUUGUGAUGCAGACUAUAUUUUGAAGGCUCUAGGACCGUAAAGGUCCCAGCGUGGGACACAAGACAGGAUGGCCGAAGCUGUCCAUUAUAUCCAUUUGCAGAACUUCAGCAAAUCCCUUCUGGAGACGUUGAACGGGCAACGCCUAGGUGGACAUUUCUGUGAUGUGACGGUGCACAUCCAGGAGGCCACCCUGCGGGCUCAUCGGUGUGUGCUGGCUGCUGGCAGCCCCUUUUUCCACGAUAAGCUGCUGUUGGGCUACUCGGAGAUUGAGGUGCCCCCUGUGGUCCCCAGCCAGGUGGUGCGCCAGCUGGUGGAGUUUAUGUAUAGUGGAUCUCUGGUCGUAGCCCAGUCUGAAGCUCUGCAGAUCCUCACCGCUGCCUCCAUCUUGCAAAUCAAGACUGUCAUUGACGAAUGCACCCAGAUCAUCUCUCAGAGUCGCAGCCCCAAACCCCCCACUGCCCCUCCAGCAGUACCCCUCUCCCUUCCCAGAGUUCUGCCCACCAAGCCCCAAGAGCAACAAUCCAAAGAGGUCAUUGGUAGCCUUUCACGGCCAGGCGACCUCGAGGCUGCCCACCUUGAACCUCCAAAGCUGCUCUGCCCCUCGGAGGUGCGUUAUAAGCUGCGAGACCUGCUGUCCUCCCAGCACAGAGAAGCUCGGACAGCUACCUGCGAGGAGACCAUAAGUGAUGGAGACACAGGAGGGUCCUACCUGCACUCUACUGAGUCCACCCCCAGCUGCCACAGCCGCAAGCAGCGCCAGCCAGUUAGGCUUCAGUUGUCUGAGACGAUGCCAGUCAUCAUCAAAGAUGAAGAGGAGGGCAGUGGAGAAGGCCCAGAGGGGUCAGAGGCAGAAAGAGAGGCCAAACUGGGCUGCUUUGCUGAGUGCAGUGGGAGUGGCCCCUUUGCCUCUGGCUUCAGUGACCAGGCAAAGGAUUCUGGGGGUAGCAAUGGGGCUGACAGAAAGGAGGGCCUCCACUUGGAUUAUGUCACCGCAGAAGGUCAGGAUUUCUUUGGAAACCAGGAUGUCUUUUCAGAGUCCUUCAUCCCAUCCUGGCAGGGAGAAGAAAGUGGAGAAGAGGCUACGGUUUCCACCUCGCGAGACAGAGAGAAAUUCCAUCCUGAUUGCAACGUGGAGGCUUCCAAUCUGAGGAGCUUAACAGGAGAAUUCAAGCAAGACUUAAGUGGCGGCUCUUCUGGGUUCCCGCCCCGGAGCAGCAGUGGUGGGGCUGAGGGCUUAACCUUUGUCUCCUCACUAGGCAUCCAGCGGGAGCUCAAGGCAGAAGUCAGCAAUACCAGCACGGUCACCAGCAACACCAGCAUCUUCCAGUUCCAUCUGCCCCAGCCUGGUGGCGUAGCCCAGACCUUCUACAGCAUUCAGCAGCAGCAGCAGCAGCAGCAGGACACAGGUGCCAGCAACAUGGUGCAGCUCAGCCCCAGCACAAUGGUCACUGGUACCCUUCAUGGUGGGGAACAGCAGAACCAACAACCUGGAACCUCCCGCUGCUUGGAGCCUUCCUAUCAAUGCAGCCACUGCCAGAAAACUUUCAGCUCUCGGAAGAACUACACCAAGCAUAUGUUCAUCCAUUCAG